CUUUAAUGAAGAAUCGAAGUAGUGGUGGCUUAUAAACAGCAUCUAGCUACUAAUUUUUUUUGUAUUAUAUCGAAGACAUGAUAUAACUUGACAAUCGGUUAUAAGACAUUUUUUUAAUUUAAACGAAGAGACUGUCGUAGUAGAGACAUUACGCAAUUAAGAUAAAAGUUGUGUUUUGAUAUUUACGACCAGUAUUGAAAAUCUACAGUUUGUGUCACAUAGAUUUCAAUACUAUAGAUUUUCACAAUAGAUUGGCAGUGAAUAUCGAAAUACAGUCAAAUUCUACCGAGCAAACAAUAUUUUUCUGGAAUUUUUACUGCUUGGAGUUAUCGCCUGUAGAAUCUUCGACAUUUCUCGACUUUCGUAUACGACGUCGAUGACGAUCAGUCUCAAAUAUUUCAUCAUCAAACGGAAUAGUGAAUUAGCAAUGCCGUAUUAGGGUUUUUAUGCUUUAUAUGUGUAAUGAGAUGAUUCAUCACGCGUGAUUGUGCACGUAAUAUUGUGAACUAUUAUGGAGGAAUCGUGUAAUGCGACUGUGUCUACUAAGGUCGUCGAGGAGAAUGGAAACUGUGGUGAGAGUGUCAACCUAGAGCCUAGAUUCGAAUGUCCCAUUUGUCUAACAUGGCUACGCGAUCCAGUUUUAACAUCUUGCGGACAUAAAUUUUGUUCACAGUGCAUAUAUACUUGGCUUCAGAAGGAAGGUGCUUGUUGCCCUGUUGAUAGUCGGCCAUUGAAAUCUGAAAAUGAUCUCUUCAGAGAUCUUUAUACUAGCAGAGAAAUAUCCCAGCAGCGUACAUAUUGUCCUUAUCAGCAAUUUGGCUGUCAGAUAGAAUUAUCACCUGUGGAUAUGGAGGUACACAUUGGCCAAUGCACUUAUAAGAGAAAUCUUUCAGAAUCUCAAGUGCAAGGUACCACUAAUGCUAUGACAGCAGAGUCAAAAUUGUGGGACCCACCUCCAAAGAAGGAGGCACAAGUUUCAGAGAGGGAAGGACCUCCUGCCAAUUGGGAACUUUUACUAAAAAACUUGUAUGAAAGAUUAGUCAUUUUGGAACAGGAAAAUCGUGAGCUUACCAUAACAGUGUCUAAUCAAAAAAAACUUUUAACUACACUGCAAACAUCAGUUUGCUUUAAUCAGGAAGAGAUGUGCUUGCGAAAUUGCAAUGGGGUUUACAUAUGGAGAUUAAAGUCCUUCCAAGAAAAACUCACGGCCAUGAUCAACGAUCCGUUAAAGAUGUUUUACAGUCCCGGGUUUUACACGAGUCCAAACGGAUAUAAAAUCUGCGUUAGGAUCAACGUAUCCUCCAGAGACUCGAGUUAUCUCUCCUUACUCUUGCAUAUUAUGAAAUCUGAAAACGACGACGCUCUCGAUUGGCCGUUUAAUGGCACAAUAUGCUUCGUAUUAGUACAUCCGCGGAAUUUAGAAUACAACAUACGUGAGAAAGCAUCGUCGAGACCGGAUCUUGAAGCGUUUCGUAGACCAACAUGCGAACUAAAUAAACGUAGCUUUGGUUAUACCGAAUUCGUGCGUUUAAACGACGUGAUUGAUUUUAUGCAACAUGACGGUUUAGUUUUUAGGAUAGAGGUUCGCGCAGAUGUUACUGAUGUCCUUCACAUUUCUGAUUAAGUAUUUCUAUGCGACACAAGUGAUUAAGAUUAAUUAUAAUUUACUUUUUUACUUGUGAAAUUAAUGUUAUAUAAUUUAUUAUUUUCUAAUAUUUUCUACGUCAAGUUGUUUACAUACUGCAAAUAUUUUUAGAUAAUAAAUUAUCUUUUUUGUCUAUA